AUGAUUCUUUUGGUACCAACCAGGGCAAAAAUGGUUGGCCAGGAUCCCCAGCCACCUAUCCGACUUGUCUACACAGGUGGUUGGCUAGUUUUCCCUUCUCCGAUUACCUUCGUAUUUAAUGAUAUUCCCAUAUACCCCUUGAUGUACAAUGAUAAACUGAUUGAAUAG